GAAAAGGAAACAUUAGCAACGCCCAAAAUUUCAGCAUCUAACGCUCUAGAACCUUCUUUGUCAGAAGCCCUAAGAGAUUUAUGUUGUUUCAAAUCUCCCAUUUGCCCUUCUAUUUCCCUGGCCAGAGGAGGUUCCAGCAGAUUCCACACACAACAUAAGCAGCGACAUUCCCCAAUUUCCAUUUUUAUAAAAUAGGACACACAGCAACCAAAACCAACUAUUACCCUUGAAAAUUGAAAGAAAAGAGCAAAAAUGGGAGAGGAAAUGGCGUUAGAUUUGGAGGAACUUAAGCAGCUAAAGAAUAUAGCCAAGAGACCUCGAGUUCUUUCCUUUCUCUCCACUGAGAUAAACAACUUAGAGAAGUUGUCAAAGGGGCCUGUUUCUGUGCCAGCUGUUGCAACUCCGACUCCUAUUGCAACUGUGAAGGUGUCCUCUACCCCUUCGGUGAAUUAUGUUACUCUUGGAUCUUUCAGCUGGGAUCAGGACGAUGACAAAGUCAAGAUAUAUGUCUCCCUAGAGGGCGUUGAGCAGGAAAAAAUUGAGACAGAAUUCAAGCCAAUGUCAGUUGAUAUCAAAUUUCAUGAUGUCCAAGGAAAGAACUACCGAUGUGCCAUACCGAAAUUGAACAAGGAGAUUGCACCAGAGAAAUGUAAAGUGUUAGUUAAACCUACAAGGGUUAUCAUCACUUUGUUUAAAGCUUCAAAGGGCAACUGGCUAGACUUACACUUUAAAGAGGACAAGCUGAAGCCAAAUCUGGAUAAGGAACGAGAUCCCAUGGCUGGAAUUAUGGAUCUAAUGAAGAAUAUGUAUGAGGAAGGGGAUGAAGAAAUGAAACGAACAAUUGCAAAAGCAUGGACUGAUGCGAGAUCAGGCAAAACUGCUGAUCCUCUGAAGGGCUACCGUUGAAUCCCCAGCUAGAACUGCUAGAACUUUUUGAAUGACGACGAAGAUCAUUUUGGUAGAUGUCAUGUUUCCCAGCAUAAUGUUGUUAUAUAUUUCUCAUUGUAGAAGGAUUCCUUGUUUCUUUCUUUUCCCUUAAAAUGUCAUGCUGCAUUUGACUUUUCUGAA